AUGGAUAGUUCAAAUGGUAUAUUUGGCAAAUUUACUAAAUUAAAAAAAAAACACCAACAACCCUUGACUGAUUUGACUGAAUUAUAUUCAAAGAUAGCUAAUGAGACUAUCUAUUAUAAAAAACUAGAAAAUUCUAAAAAUUAUAAUGGUGCUUUGCAAGGUUGGAAGGCCCUAACUACAGAUGCUUUAUUUUGUUUAACCACUAUAAAUCACACAUAUCCAAAUACUGAGAACUAUACUGCAGACGAAUUAAGCAUAUUGAGUGGGGUAAGAGAAUUAUAUCAUAAAGCACAAAUCCAUUUAGAUGACUUACAAAAAAUGUUAAAGGACAAUCCUGAAUUGUCUUCCAGAGCAGAUGUCAAAAAGAAACAUUACAAAACCAAAGUUUCUUAUUACAGCAAAUUGUAUAACAAUUCUUUGAAUAGGUUACAGACUACUAUGUCUUCUCCUUCUUCCUCUUCCUCAAUAAAUUCUUCACAUGGAUUCUCUAGGACUACACUUCGAAACAAUGGUAGAGGAUUGGAUAGGGGACAGCAUACACAUUCUUUUAAUGAUUAUUUUAAUACUUCACAGCGGAAUCAUGAUAUCAAAGUUAACUUUACAAAUUCAAAACCACUAGAAAAUCAUUUUAUUCAAAGUAAUACAUUUAAUACUAUUGGUAAUGACAAUCAAAGUUCUAUGUCUACACAUUCCAAUGAGACCAACCCAUUUGAAAAUUUUGAAGGUGUUGGCAUUAAUGAUAAAAAUUAUAACGAUUAUGAUGUGGAAGACCGAAAUAAUGCCUCUCCCGAAUUAAUAGUGAUUGAUAGUGAUGACAGUCCUGAAAACAGUUUUGGUAAUGAUGAUUUAUCACACAUAUCUAUAGUAGAAGAAAAUAAUAAUAAUAAUAAUAAUAAUAAUAAUAAUAAUAAUAAUAAUAAUAUACUGAAUAAUCAAACAGAUGAUAAUGGUGAUGCAACAAAUUACAGUAUAUACUCAGAUUCUGAAGAUUUGGAUUUUGAUGUGUCUGAGUACUAUGAAGAUGACUACGAACCUAUGGAGAAUCAGAGUGAAAAAACGUUGGAUAAUCAAGAUUUAGCUUUUGCUUCUGCUUCUUCGUUAAUUGAUUCUCAAGAUGAAUAUCUUUAUUUAGAUGAAGAGGAUAAAGUAAGACUGCAAGCAUUAGAAAAGUUGAAUGGAGCAUCAGAUAAACCUGUAGAUAUAAAUAAUGGUCAAUUAAUCCAAGAUUUAUCACAUUUAUGCAUCUCCCUAUCAAAAUCAUUAGGACAUAAUAAAGACAAUAAAGAAAUAAAUACAAAAUUAGAUCAGUUUAUCCCUCCUCUCCCAGAAAAACUACCACCUCCAUUACCUCAAAUACCUAGAGUUCCAGUGAUAAUUCCUAAACAAAUUAUGCCGGAAAUGAAACCUCAAAAACAUAACUUAUUGAAUAAGAAUAUGGUUAAAAACAGCAGUGCUCCUUCAAUUAGUACAGCUAUUAAUACCCAACAGAAGUCAUCAAGCCAUAUCAAUACAGAUUCGAGUAUAAGUAAAAGGCCAAUUUUGCAAUCAAAUAAGUCAACACCUGUAAUGCCAAUAACUAGUCCGUCACACCCUUCCAGUGUAAUAACCAAGAAGGGCACAACUCACAAGCUAAUAGUAAAAUCAAAUAAAGGCUCGCAUUCAAAAUCAUUAUUAAGUUCUUCAAAACCACCAAUGAAAAAAAAAUUAGUGAGUCAUUCAAAACCAAAUGUGGAAUCAGAUAGAACUAAGAGUAAUGUUUCAGCCUCUCAAGUUGCAAAGUUAGUGUAUAAGACAUCAACUAAAAGUGAUGGUAGUAUUUCUUCAUGUAAACCAAAUUCAACAAGUAGUGUGAAUAAGAAUUUAAUAGAAGAUGGCAAGAAGAAAAUGAUUUUGAAUAAAAAAACAGAAGCUAGUAAGAAAGUACCUACAGCUAGGAAAAUUGAUCCAUCAAAGCAUAAGAAGGUUGCUGCUGGUACAAAAAAAACUAAACUGGGGUCUAGUGCUAGCUCUAAACUUCAUGACCACAUGAACAUAAAAUAUGUGGUAUCUACUAGUGAAACUAAAAAUAAAUCUUCUUCAUCAGUAUUAUCUAAGAGCCGGACAGUAUCUCCUGUUGUUACUAGAACUGCAGGUCAGUCUUCCAAAAGUACAAAUCUUUCUCGUGGAUCUACUCAUGGUAAAGAGUUGCAUAAAAAUUAUGAUGAUGGUGAUGAGAGAAUUAUUAAGGAUUCAAAAUUAGAUGCAUCACAGGUCGAUGGAGCAAGUAAAAGUGAAGAUGAAUAUGAUAAAAUCUUGAAAACCAUUCCAAAUAUUGAUAAAAUUUUAGGUAAACAGAUUCUACAAGAUAUUGUGGUUCAUGGUGAUGAAGUUCAUUGGGAUGAUAUCGCAGGAUUAAACAGUGCUAAAAAUUCCUUAAAAGAGGCUGUUGUGUAUCCAUUUUUAAGACCUGAUUUGUUUAUGGGCUUAAGACAACCAGUUACGGGUAUGUUAUUAUUUGGACCACCAGGUACAGGUAAGACAAUGUUGGCUAGAGCUGUGGCAUGUGAAUCCAAAUCUACAUUUUUUUCAAUUAGUGCAUCUAGUUUAACUUCCAAAUAUUUGGGUGAAAGUGAAAAAUUGGUAAGAACAUUAUUUACGAUAGCUAGGAAAUUGUCACCAUCAAUUAUAUUUGUUGAUGAAAUUGAUUCUAUUUUGGGUAGUCGAAAUCAAGAUGGAGAAAAUGAAAGUUCCAGAAGAAUUAAAAAUGAAUUUUUGGUGCAAUGGUCUGCUUUAUCCAAUGCAGCAGCUGGAAAGAAUAAUAAGAAAGAUUCAAAGUUUAUUGAUGAUAAAAGAGUGUUGGUUCUUGCAGCUACGAAUCUUCCAUGGUCAAUUGAUGAGGCAGCUCGAAGACGUUUUGUUAGAAGACAGUAUAUUCCAUUACCUGAGGAUGAAACCAGAUUGGUUCAAAUUAAAAAAUUGUUAGCUCAACAAAAUCAUACAUUAACGGAUGAAGACUUUGUUUUAUUGAUUGAAUUGACACGGGGUUACUCUGGUAGUGAUAUUACAUCCUUAGCAAAAGACGCUGCAAUGGGACCACUAAGAGAGUUGGGUGAUCAAUUGUUGCAUACAGAAAGAGAAAGUAUUAGACCCAUUGAAUUAAAAGAUUUUAAGAACAGUUUAGAAUAUAUUAAGCCAUCAGUAUCAAAGGAGGGGUUGGAAAAGUACGAAGAAUGGGCAUUACAGUUUGGUUCUUCCGGUACUUGA